UAGUCUCCCAUCUCUAACAGACGACGCCAAAACAAUAAAUUAUUUUCGCAGCUUCAAAAAUCAUAUAUUUCCCUAUAGAUAUGUACAACGUGGACUGCAUUCCCAUCAAGGACAUCAAGCCAGGCCUAAAGAAUAUCAAUGUUAUCUUUAUUGUCCUGGAAGUGGGCGUAGCCACCGUGACGAAAGAGAAUCGCGAGGUGCGAAAUUUCAAGGUGGGAGACCCCACUGCCAGUAUAAAUGUUUCCAUUUGGGACGAGCCGGGAAAACUGAUCACGCCCGGUGAUAUCAUAAGACUGACCAAAGGAUACGCCUCUAUUUGGAGGCACUGCCUUACUCUGUAUUCCGGCAAAAAUGGAGAAGUCUUCAAAAUUGGCGAGUUCUGUAUGAUUUUCAACGAGGGACUGAACAUGAGCGAACCAAAGCGUCCGGAACAGCAGCCGGUGGGCAAUAAUCCUAUAACACCAGCCGGUUUGCCAGCUGUUGGUGGUGCACCUGGCUUACCAGCAAAGGGCGGCGCCGCUCCUCCUAUAUUACCUGCCGUUCCCGGAGGCCCACCUGUUCAGAAUCCUGCCAAUGCACCGCCAGUUUCAGCACCCAUCACGCCAAAUACGGUGGUGAAGCAGGGAUCACGUGGCGGUAGAGGUGGCGGAGGACGUGGUGGCCUUAAAGGCGAACGGCGAUAG